UUUUCUUUUACUGUCUGUCUUUCACCAAACAUCACAGAAGCCUUCGCCUCGGAGUCCCAUUUAAUUUCAGCUGGUUCAUCAGCGUGUGGAUCAUGUGACGCCACUCACUCGUCCUGGAGACGGUGGUGCAAAUUCCCUGUGAUUCCAAGCCGCUGCCUUACAGGCUGCUCCGUUUAUGCGCUCUGCGCCGCUCUUCUUUCCUUUGCUCUCCCCCUCUGCGCUAUACUGCACUGCACUCUUCCACUCUCCCCCUCUCACAUCUCCAUCUCUUCUCUCUCUCCUUCUCUUUUCCUACCUGCAUCCCCCUCACACUAUGCUGUUACCCCGGUAGAGGUUUUUCCACUCUGCUCCAAAUGGGAUAUUACUGUACUCUGGUCUUUUUUUUCUUGCUUCUUUUGCACAAGAGCUGAGUACACUCUUGCUGGAAGAGGAUUCAAAUGCUCCUGGACUCAGUGGAUCUGUGUGGGCCAGAGAGCAGAAGGAGGCAGGGAAGAAGGCGAGAGUGAUCCAUGUGAGAGCCUCAUCUGCUUUGGGAGAGUCAAGGAUUGAGGUGACAGUCUUGGUGGAUGGGUUUCUACCGAGGGUCAUGCUCUGGGACUCUCUGGGCGCUUUACAGCAGUUGGGGUUGGAGAUCCUCACCCAUUCUUGCCCCCCUAGUGGGGCACCAGUGAUUCCGGUGGCAGGGGAAGCUGCCGGGCACCAGUGGCUGCACGGUGAAGUGUGGACAUCAUGAACCAGCUGGACGCACCACGGCCACUGAACUGGACCAUCAGGAAACUGUGCCAUGCCGCCUUUCUCCCGUCUGUGCGCCUGCUGAAGGCACAGAAAUCGUGGAUAGAAAGAGCAUUCAGCAAGAGAGAAUGUGUUCAUAUCAUAGUGAGCGCCAAAGACCCCCAUAGGUGCUGCUGCGGUCGGCUCAUAGGUCAGCAUGUGGGCCUGCCCCCGGGACUCUCGUCCAGCCAAAAUGAUAAGGCGGAUCGUUUGGGCAAAAAUGACAGCCUGUCGGAGAAGUGGUCAAUCAGCAAGCACACGCAGCUCAGCCCCACGGACGCCUUCGGCACCAUCGAGUUCCAGGGAGGAGGGCACUCUAAUAAAGCCAUGUAUGUGCGCGUGUCGUACGACACCAAACCCGACCUGCUGCUCCACCUGAUGACCAAGGAGUGGCAGCUGGAUCUGCCCAAGCUGCUCAUCUCAGUCCACGGAGGGUUGCAGAACUUUGAGCUGCAGCCCAAACUCAAGCAGGUCUUUGGCAAAGGGCUAAUCAAGGCUGCCAUGACGACGGGAGCUUGGAUCUUCACCGGUGGGGUCAACACAGGGGUAAUUCGCCAUGUGGGUGAUGCACUAAAAGACCACGCCUCCAAGUCAAGAGGAAAGAUCUGCACCAUUGGCAUCGCUCCCUGGGGCAUCGUGGAGAACCAGGAGGACCUUGUUGGCAAAGAUGUGGUGCGCCCUUAUCAGACCAUGUCCAAUCCUUUGAGCAAGCUCACCGUUCUCAACAGUCUUCACUCUCACUUCAUCCUGGCAGACAACGGCACCACGGGAAAGUACGGUGCCGAAGUCAAGCUCCGGCGGCAACUAGAAAAACACAUUUCCCUGCAGAAGAUCAACACACGUAUUGGUCAAGGUGUUCCAGUGGUUGCUCUGAUCGUGGAAGGCGGACCAAAUGUCAUCUCCAUAGUGCUGGAGUACCUCAGGGACACUCCUCCAGUCCCUGUGGUGGUUUGUGAUGGCAGUGGAAGAGCGUCAGACAUCUUGGCAUUUGGACACAAAUACUCCGAGGAGGGAGGCAUAAUUAACGAGUCUCUGAGAGACCAGUUGCUGGUGACCAUCCAGAAGACGUUCACCUACAGCCGCACUCAGGCCCAACACCUCUUCAUCAUUCUCAUGGAGUGCAUGAAGAAGAAGGAGCUGAUAACUGUCUUCCGGAUGGGGUCAGAGGGUCAUCAGGACAUCGACCUGGCAAUCCUCACAGCUCUGCUCAAAGGUGCCAACGCCUCAGCGCCGGACCAGUUGAGUUUAGCACUGGCAUGGAACAGAGUGGACAUCGCCCGCAGUCAGAUCUUCAUCUACGGACAACAGUGGCCUGUUGGUUCGCUGGAGCAGGCCAUGCUGGACGCUUUAGUACUGGACAGAGUGGACUUUGUCAAACUUCUGAUAGAGAAUGGAGUCAGCAUGCACCGGUUUCUCACUCUGUCCAGACUGGAGGAACUCUACAACACGAGACAUGGACCUUCCAACACGCUCUACCACCUUGUCAGAGACGUCAAAAAGGGAAACCUCCCGCCGGACUACCGCAUCAGCCUCAUAGACAUCGGACUGGUUAUUGAAUACUUGAUGGGGGGAGCAUACCGGUGUAACUACACCAGGAAAAGAUUCAGGACCCUGUACCACAACCUAUUUGGACCAAAACGGCCCAAAGCCUUGAAACUUCUUGGGAUGGAGGACGACAUGCCGAUCCGCAGAGGCCGUCAGAAAACCAAACGGAAACGAGAGGAAGAGGUGGACAUCGAUUUGGAUGACCCGGAAAUCAACCACUUCCCCUUCCCCUUCCACGAGCUGAUGGUCUGGGCCGUGCUCAUGAAGCGUCAGAAGAUGGCGCUGUUCUUCUGGCAGCAUGGUGAAGAGGCCAUGGCCAAGGCUCUGGUGGCUUGCAAGCUGUGCAAGGCGAUGGCACACGAAGCGUCUGAGAAUGACAUGGUGGACGACAUCUCGCAGGAGCUCAACCACAACUCCAGAGAGUUUGGCCAGCUGGCAGUGGAGCUUCUCGACCAGUCGUAUAAACAGGACGAGCAGAUGGCCAUGAAGCUGCUGACGUACGAGCUGAAGAACUGGAGCAACGCCACCUGCCUGCAGCUGGCUGUAGCAGCCAAGCAUAGAGACUUCAUCGCUCACACCUGCAGUCAGAUGCUCUUGACGGACAUGUGGAUGGGACGUCUGCGUAUGCGCAAGAACUCAGGCCUGAAGGUCAUCCUAGGGCUCCUGCUACCUCCAUCCAUCCUCAGCCUGGAGUUCAAGAACAAAGAUGAGAUGUCCUACAUGCCUCAGGAUCAGGAGGCCUACCUGCAGGAGAAGGAGGAGGAGGAGCCUGAGAAGCCCGUCAAAGAAAAGGAGGAGGAGGACAUGGAGUUCACAGUAAGAUCUUACUGUGAGGCGCAGUACAACUCCGUGGCCAUGCUGGGUAAAGUGACCACAGAGGCGUCCAGGAAGAAGGAUGUGGAAGAGGUGCAGAAUCGCCAUCGCCUCAUCCCCAUGGGACGAAAGAUUUAUGAGUUCUACAACGCUCCUAUCGUCAAGUUCUGGUUCCAUACGAUGGCGUAUGUUGGCUACCUGAUGCUGUUCAACUACAUCGUGCUGGUCAAGAUGGACCUGUGGCCUUCGCCCCAGGAGUGGAUCGUCAUCGCCUACAUCUUCACCAACGGCAUUGAGAAGAUGAGAGAGAUUCUGAUGUCGGAGCCUGGGAAGCUGCUACAGAAGGUGAAGGUUUGGCUGCAGGAGUACUGGAACAUCACCGACCUCAUGGCCAUCCUCAUCUUCUCCGUCGGCAUGGUGCUCCGUCUCCAGGAGCCGCCCUUCAUGAGCUACGGUCGGGUCAUUUACUGCGUCAACAUCAUCUACUGGUACAUCAGGCUGCUGGACAUCUUUGGGGUCAACAAGUACCUGGGCCCGUACGUGAUGAUGAUCGGCAAGAUGAUGAUCGACAUGAUGUACUUUGUGAUCAUCAUGCUGGUGGUGCUGAUGAGUUUCGGAGUGGCGCGCCAAGCCAUCCUGAACCCCAACGAAGACCCCUCCUGGAUGCUGGCCAGGAACAUCUUCUUCAUGCCCUACUGGAUGAUCUACGGAGAGGUGUUCGCUGACCAGAUUGACCAUAUGCAUAGUAGAAGGUUACAGCAAAGGCUGAAUGAAAAACUCUGGCUGGUCGAAAAUUACUUACGAACUUACGGAACCUGGCGUACUAGUGGUCCAUUCCACGUUGCCCAGUGCAGUCAAAAUCCCACCCCGUGUGGGCAGAACAUCACCACAGAGGACGGCGUGGUGACCUUGCCCCCCUGUAAGACGGGCGCCUGGAUCGUUCCUGCCAUUAUGGCCUGCUAUCUGCUGGUGGCCAACAUCCUGCUGGUCAACCUCCUCAUUGCUGUGUUCAACAACACCUUCUUCGAGGUCAAGUCCAUUUCCAACCAGGUUUGGAAGUUCCAGCGUUAUCAGCUCAUCAUGACGUUCCACGAGCGGCCGGUUCUUCCUCCUCCUCUCAUCAUCUUCAGUCACAUCACCAUGGUCCUCAAGCACAUCUGCUGUCGCUGGCGCAAGCAGGACGACGACGAGAGGGACUACGGUCUGAAGCUUUUCAUCACAGAAGACGAGCUGAAAAAAGUCCACGACUUUGAGGAGCAGUGCAUUGAAGAGUACUUCCGGGAGAAGGACGAUCGGUUCCACUCCUCGAAUGACGAGAGGAUCAGAGUCACGUCUGAACGGGUGGAGAACAUGGCGAUGCGGCUGGAGGAAGUCAACGAGCGUGAGCACUUCAUGAAGGCCUCACUGCAGACCGUCGACAUCCGUCUGGCUCAGAUGGAGGAGCUGAUCGGACGGAUCGCCGUCGCCCUGGAGCGUGUGACCGGUGUGGAGCGAGGGGAGGUCAACAAGGUUCGCUCAAGGACGUCGUCCGACUGCACGGACUCCGCCUACAUCCUGCGGCAGGUUGAAUGUCCGGACGCUGCCUACAUUCUUCGUCAGAGUAGCUUCAACAGCACAGAGGGCAACACCUAUCGCCUGCAGGAGGCGCUGGAGGGAACGGCUGAGGGAUCCAUGUCUCCACCAUCGCCGACUGGGAUGACGGCGCGCACACGCAGCCGCUCCUUUUACGCUGCAGGUGGUCGCGGUGAGCGCACUAGUGGGUCAGAGAGGGCCGAGAGCUUCUUCAAAGAGCGGUCGCUCAGCCUCCAUCGAGCCAACAGCUCACAGUCAGUGUCCUCCGCUGCUCCCAAAGAGUCCAAGCCCCUGCCCCUGGCCACGCUCUCCGUCUCCCAGCAGCACCGUCCAUCCUCAUGCAUUGACAUCUAUGUCUCCACGUCAGAGGAAGUGGGGCCAUCAGAGGUCUUCCUGGAUCCACUGCGAGUGGUGCCGCCUCUCCAGAGAGACCUGUCGCUGCAGUCCGACGUGAUGGAGGUGCUGCCCGGAGGCCGGGACUUCAGCAGCAUCACCACCGCUGGGUUGGGGGAUGGAGGGGCCAGCAGCAGUGGGGCUGUCAUGUUUGAGGACAGCGCCGCCGCCGACCUGUCCAUCUGCUCCGCUCACCUCCUACCAGACUGCACUUUACCUCCGUGGGACACGGAGCCGUCUCCCCCUCCCUCCGCUGGGCCGCUGGAACGCUCCAAGAGCAGUCGCUACCUCUCCACAGCAGGUGCCACUUUCCUGGACGAGCCUCCUCUGGUCAAGUCCCACAGCCUGAUGUUCACGCCGAGAGGCUGCUACGGAGGAUUGGGAGCAGGGGUCCAGGUGAAAGCCGCGGAGUACACCAGCAUCACGGACUGCAUCGACACCCGCUGCGUCUCCUCACCAUACACGCCCGCCGAACGUUCCCACUCCCCGGGAACCACCUCAUUCCCUUUUGAUAAGCCUUCGGAGGUUGUCUCCUCUCACCCCGAGAGAGAGGCGGAGCUCAGCCACACAGAGUCUGAUCCAGAGGACCCCGAUGACCUGAUUCCAGCCCCCGACACCCCUCGAGGAGGCCUUGGUGGCCCCAGCGGGGCCCCUCUCUGCUCCCCUUUCUCCCGGCUGGAGCGAGCCAACAGCUGCUCCUCCGAUGACUCCCAUCCAUCCCUCACGCUGGCCCCUCCGCAACGGAAGAGCCUGUCAGUGAGUGAAAGGAUGGAGAGGGGGCCGGGGCUGGGGGCAGACAGGGGGUCUGUGCCAGGGGGGCGGGGUCUGGCAGGUACCAGGAACCCCUUCCUCAGGAGCAAAUCCGGAGCCCGACCUGACGCCGUCAAAACGGACAGCCUGUCCAUGAGGAAGCUGGCGGCUCCCUCGGCGUUCCGCAGCUUCGACAGACAGAACUACACGUGACGAGAGUCUGCACACAGGUUGCCUGUCCAUCCCGAUCUGGAACAGAUCUGCAAAUUCGACCCUUGUUUUAGACUAGCACAGAUCGAUUUACAGCCAGCGGGGAAAGAAGCCGCCAUCCUGGAUCAGGAGGUCAGAGGUGUCGGGGCCGCUCACAAGGCGCUGAGAAUCUAGACUAGUUCAUACCUCCUCUCGUAGCUGAUAAUCUCUUGGUGGGCAGUGGAAGGUAUAUUUGUGUGUGCGUGGUCACCCAUCCUUGUUUUUCCACCUCGCAUCACAACCUAAAUUAUAUCAAGAAAAAGAGAGUCACAAAGGUGAGAUUUAGUUUGAUUUUGAGGUCAGCAGUUUGACUGCUUUAUCACCAGACCGUGGCCAAGAAGAUUAUUUGUGUGACCUGGCAACAACUUACCUCUACAUUUUUAUUACUUUUUUUAUGUACUAUUAUCGAGUGCCCAAUAAUACUGCGAAUGAAAGUGCCAUCCGUUGUUUGGAGAAAGGGGUGCGGUUGCGUUCAGUGAACACUAGGGAGCGAUAGCCACACGCCUUGGAGUCGUUUUUAGGUUGGUGACCUCAUGGAGCCGUCCAGUAUUUACACCAGAGCUGCACCUAGUAGAAAAUUGUGUCACUUUUGAGCUUGAUUCGUAUUGCCUUUGUUACCUGCUUGUCUGUACGUUUAUUUAAAUCAAAACAUAAGUCUUAAUGUUUCCACCUACCACCAGGUUUCUGAGUAUUUUGUGCGUUUCCGGUCGUGAAAACAGGAAGACAGGUAAUACUUUGGUGUCAGAAGAUAGGUCACUUGCCAAGGUAGACAAAAUAAAUAAAUAAAUAAUCACGCAAUAAUAUAUCACAUUUCUGAGCCACGUUUUUCUGUCUUACCAAUGGCAUGUUCCAGACACUUGUUCAAACCGGUAAAAGAUAAUAAACAAAACAUAAACAACAUAAUCUCACUCCAACAGUCGUGUCAGUCUGUGAUGAAACGAGUUCAGCCACCAAAAAUGUAUUUUUAGCAGAUCAGUCUUGAGCGAUUGGCUCAUCGACAGCUGGAUAAUUUCCCCUAAAGAUCUGCUCAGAUUAUAUUUCCACCCGCUAUGUUUGAUUUUCCUACCUCACAUCACGUCCCCUUUAUAUCCCCGUCCACUUGCGCUCGAUUCUCUGUGCCAACUGUCAACCCAGUAUGUAGUUGAAGUGUCCAAGUCUUAAAUUUGCUGCUGCUUAAUUUCACGAAUAAUCUCGACGAUAAUUUCACCUGAAUCACCGAGUCAAGUAUUUGUUGGCAUGUACAGCCACGUCAGUGUUUAGAUAACACAUUUUCACCCCCCAAAAAACAACAAAGGGAUUGCAGAACAUGCUGUUUUAAUCUCAAGUCACCAUCUCUGUGUGAGUCAUGUCAACAGUUGCGCGUGUCUGACUUGGCUGCAGCUCAAUAUUUUUUUAUGCAUUGUCUAUUUUUUAAAGCAAACUGAACCAUCAACAUGCACUAUUUGCUCACUGACUUAUAUUAUUUAUUGAACCAAGAUUGAUCUUGAUGCUGUGUACAUUUGGAGAGUACAAUGUGAUCACAGGGAGAGUUUCAUAUGGAGACGAGGCAAUAUCAAACUUUAGGGUGCCUUCUGGUCACGAGUGGGGGUCUGAUGUAUGUGUGUGUUUUUCACCAUGAUCCUUUUUUUGUUGCAAAGACAGAGCUACUGGCCACGUGAAGCUUAACUGAGUUUCCUGCAGUUGCUGAUGUAUCAGGGGAUAAGAAGGACCAGAGGGUGGCUGAUACUCAUCAGUGCUGUCAAGAAAGAAGUUUUGUUUGAACCGCUUUGCUCUGUCAAACUGUGGACGUUUCCUAACUGCGACACAAUUGGCUUUAAGAGAAAGGGUUGACCCCAAAGGCAGAGCUCAGGGACACACCAGUGAUGCAAAGUCUCACGAUGUUUCAAGAGAGAAGGAUUCAAGUCUAAACACUGUGCUUGGUUGGCUUUAGAGAAUCUUUGGAACUGGUCGUGAUGAGUCAACGCUGAAGGGUGUUGCAAGAGGAGGCAGCCACUCACAAGUUGAACCAAACUUUUUUUUUUUUUUCGCCAAAACCAAAUGGAAAGAAGCAGAGCGGAGCUGUUGCACAGCUGUGGGCGAGCAAAGGUCAUGUGGUUCAGCUCAGUAUUGCACGCUUGAGUAUGAAAACAGAUGACUGUGUGUUGGAGAUGUUAACUAAAUCCACACGGCAAGACUGUUGUGCUUGCAGUCGUCUUCAUGGCACCUUUACACGUGAUAGCAUGAAUCUAAAGAAGUGUGUGUGAGCGUGUGCGUGUGUGUACAUUAACCAGCCUGAUAAGCAUCAUGUAGACAGCAGGGAGGCGCGACACUACAACACCACAGUGUACAGUAUUUUUGAAAUCGACAUCCUCCCAUGCCGUUUUCGUCGACCCGUGAUAAUCAGCCCCUCCAACAGGUUUCGGAAGAGUUCACCCGCAUAUUUUUUUCCGCAAUAAUUUUGCUGAUGACGAACUUUUUCCAACUGCAAAGGGGGCCGGCCACUUUAUUUACUGUCCUCUAAAUGCAUGCCGCUCUUCCACUCCGAGUGUACAGAGAUGAGCUGAGAGAGAAGGAGAGCGAGAUAGAGAUUAUAAUCUGAAAUCAAAAGUAGUGAGUAUUUGGAUGCAAAUACAAAUCUGUAUUCUUUAAUGUGAAUAGGAUCCUGUCUGGCAUGCGUUGUUAA